AUGAGCGAAAAAAGUAAAUUUACAGGUAUUCUCCCCUCUUCGAGUGAGAAGUUGGACUAUAAUGACGAUACCUCGAUCUAUGAUUGUUAUCUAAAUGAACACACCACCGUUUUCCACGUCCACAUGCCUGAACUUGGUCCUUAUUACAUACCUGCAAUUCUCGGAAGUUGUGAAUCUUUAGGCAACUGGAAUAAAGAAAACCCCAAAGUAUUUCUUAGAAAUGUAGGUGAUUCAACUCUAUGGAUAUCCGAUCCGGUCUUAGUUCCAAAUUAUAUUGAAGUUAGAUAUAAAUACGCGAUUUUUAGUAUUUCACGAAGGUUUUUUCCCUUUGGUUUUAGGAGUACUACUAUAUUUGAAAAUUAUGAGGGCGUAGGGGAGCAGUCUAACCGUUUGUUGGAACUAAGAGAAAACCAUUACGAUAUUUGGAUAAAUAACAUUACAUUCAGAACUAAUCACGUUUUACUUGAGAAAGAAUACUCAUUUGUUCGGUGCAUAUACGAACGCAUUACCAGUGAAAAUUUGAAAGAUAAAAUAAUAGAAUAUCAGAGGAUCCAUGAAGAUUACUCCUCAUAUACAAGAUUGGCAACAAAUCUUGAAUUUAUUAAGGAUCGACUGAUCAAUAGUAAUAUAAAGGAAAGUCGUUACUUCUUAUUUCUACUUCUCGGCUAUUAUAUGAGUCAGGCACAUAAACAACAAUAUGACGGUAUAUGUUUGCCUCGACAUUUUCCUUCCGACAUGUUAUUUGAAGUGCUUGAUGAUUUAACCCUAAUCUCAGGAACAAAGCGCUAUGUAAUUUUAUCUAUAAAAGCCCUAACGGAGCAUAGUUCCAAGUAUGGUAGCUUAGAAUGGUUUAGAAUGUUUACAAUUGCACCAGAACAUGAUGAGGAAUACACUUUCUUGGAAGCCAUAGUAUAUUAUGAUUAUUCCGUGGACCCCGGUACUUUUCAAAAGUCCUUGUUAGAUCAUGUGCAACCGCACAUUUCUGAAAUAAAACAAAACGAUGAGUUAUUUCGUCGGGUUGCAAUGAAAUUGCUGGGGUUGUCAUAUGAUUUGAAAAGUCUAUUUUUUAUUUUGAAUGAUGUUAUAGGACUCGAUGAACGUCUAAAACUCAUGGUUGAAAAGAGAAUUAGAGAGUUGAUCGCACAUGAUAACCUUUUUCAGUUACGUAGACGCCUCCAAGAGUUUCACAACGAAAGCCGAUUUGACACAAAGAUUAUAUUUCUCGAAAGACUCGUGAAACUACUGCAAUGUCGGGACACACGGUGGGAAAAUUGUGAAAUCGUAUUUUUGAAUGACAUCCUUCGGGAACAAGAUCUUAAUUGGCCAAUCGAAGAUCUAAUAAAGAUACUCGAGUGUGUGGCGUUUUCGGAUCAACUAUCAUUGUUGCAGAAUUUUCUCAUAAUUUUGGAAUUUACAUUGGGUCAAGUUCAAGACUCUAAGUCACCACUCAUAAAUAAGGCCUUAGCUACUUCAUAUACGUGGCUUCCAAAACUAACAACACUUCUCACUUCGAAAGGCAACGACCCGUCGAUACUAGCAAAAAACAUUGCAUUUGUUACACUCGCAAAUUUUUCAUUUGUGUAUACAAUGGUUAAAGAUUGGUCACAUAUUUGUGAAGAAUUGAAGAAGAUUUUUGAACCUGAUGUUAUAAAGCACUAUGUCACAUUGGCGAAGGCUAGGUUAGAUCACGAUGUGUGGGACAUCAACAAUCACCUUUUGAGGGAAAUAAUGCUCAUCUGCGACUCCACAAGAUUGCUUCAUAUAAGAAAUAAGAUCUGCGAAGAAUUACUUUAUCACAUAUUUGAUUGCUUUCAAAAAAAUGCAUUCGAAAGAUUUUACACCGAGGAUACCUACAACCUCCAGAUUUCCAUACUGGAAUCUUCAUAUUUCUGGAAGACUAUUUUCCUCUCAUCGGGAAGUACGGAGAAACUUUACUCACAUCCGUUUGUCAAAAAAACAAGAGAUAUAUUAAUAAAUCUGGCAACAGAAAUUGCAGAAAACUCCUUAACUAUUGGAUUGCUGGAGGAUAUUCUUAGAAUUUACUCAAGGGACCAAAAGAAUUUUAUCGACCUCGUCAAUUCAGCUCUUGGAGAUCGCGUUGAACUCAUGAUAACGGAUAAUACAAUGAACAUACUUCUCCUAUAG